AUGGAUGAGUCCCCGCCGCUGGCGGCCGAGCUGGAGCUGGAGCCCCUCAACGCCUCCCUGAACGAGUCCUGGACCAACCCGUUUGUGCAGCCGCCGUGGCAGGUGGCCCUGUGGGCCGUGGCCUACGCGCUCAUCGUGGUGGUGGCCGUGGUGGGCAACGCCGUGGUCAUGUGGAUCAUCCUGGCGCACAAGCGGAUGCGCACGGUCACCAACUACUUCCUGGUGAACCUGGCCUUCGCCGAGGCCUCCAUGGCCGCGCUCAACACCGUGGUCAACUUCAGCUACGCCGUGCACAACGAGUGGUACUUUGGGGCCGCCUACUGCCGCUUCCACAACUUCUUCCCCAUCGCCGCCGUCUUCGCCAGCAUCUACUCCAUGACAGCCAUCGCUCUGGACAGGUACAUGGCCAUCAUCCACCCGCUCCGGCCGCGCCUCUCGGCCGCGGCCACCAAGGCUCUGAUCGGGCUGAUCUGGCUGCUGGCCCUCCUGCUGGCCUUUCCCCAGGGAUAUUUCUCCGUCACCGCCGAGCUCCCGGGACGCUUCGUCUGCCUCGUGGAGUGGCCGGAGCCCGGCGGAGCCAUGUCCGGGAAAACGUACCACUUUUCCAUGACGGUCCUGCUGUACCUGCUGCCGCUGCUGGUGAUCGGCUGCGCCUACGCCGCCGUCGGCCGCACGCUCUGGGCCAGCGCCAUCCCCGGAGACUCCUCCGACCGCUACCACGAGCAGGUGUCGGCCAAGAGGAAGGUGGUGAAGAUGAUGAUCAUGGUGGUGUGCACCUUCGCGCUCUGCUGGCUGCCCUACCACGUCUACUUCACGCUGCAGUACCUGCGGCCCCAGUGGUACCUGCAGAGCUUCAUCCAGCAGGUCUACCUGGCCGUCAUGUGGCUGGCCAUGAGCUCCACCAUGUACAACCCCAUCAUCUACUGCUGCCUCAACGACAGGUUCCGGGUGGGAUUCAAGCACGCCUUCCGGUGGUGCCCGUGGGUCAGCGCCGGCGAGUACGAGGGGCUGGAGCUGCGCUCGGCGCGCUUCCUGCACACGCACAGCUCCGUGUCCAAGCUCAGCCGCAUGGACACCACCACCGUGGCCUCGGCGCUCGGCGUGGCCGACGAGGAGCUGGACGAGCCCGGCCGGGCCGAGCGGCUCUCCCUGGACAUGACCUCCAACGGCUCCUCCCGCAGCGACUCCAAGACGGUCUCCGAGAGCCUCAGCUUCUACUCCAACACCCUGACCUAGGGAUGUCCCCUCAGUGCCACCUCGGUGUCACCACCCCGCUUGUGCCGUGCUGGUGUUUCCCGCGCUGUUUUCCCGUCUCUUUUCCUUGGGAUGAGUUCCGUUGUGGGGCCACCAGGAACGGUUUCACCGCCUGGCUGGAGAUGGAGGGGAUGCAGGAAUGGGACAGAGCCGUGCUUUCCUCUGGAAUUCCAACACUGGCUGGCACUUCUGUGCUCUCUGUGAGGCAGGAGGGACCUCUUGGUGCAUCCCACCCAUGGAAAACGACCCCAUCCUGCACCUCCCUCCUCCCAUCCUUAAUUUCAUUCUCCCUGCUGGAGAUCCAGGGGAUCCUGAAUCCCAAAAUCCCAAGAAGGCUUUUUCCAGCUGCAUGGGGGAAUCAUCGGCCACAGCGCAGACUUUGGGAUUCAAACAGGCCUGGCCCUGGUUUGGGUCUGUUUGGCAGAAGAUCCGCGGCGCCUUUGGAAGCCGCAGCCAAGGAUCCAUCCGGGAGCCAUUCCCAUUGUUCUGUGCAUUUUUCUGGGAUUGCCGUGGAUGCAAGGCCUGCCCCGCCCAUCCUUGUCUUUAUUGUUGUUUUUAUUUUCUGUCCCUCGAGGGCUCCUCAUGGCCGAGCACUCCAGGAGGGAAGCGCAGGAUCUGCUGUUUACAGAGCAUUCCCACAGGGAAUGACGGGAUUUGGGUUUUUUGGGAUUUCCGUGUCCUUGCUGGAGCCCUGGUGUGAGGUCAGAGCCCAGCUCGGAACUCCCGGGGUUUAUUUCCCAUAAAAUCACCAUAAUCCAAAAAAAUUCCCAUUUUCAGCCUUCAGGGUCUCUUCCAGCAUUCCCCAUUCUGGGAUUUUGGGAUUUAUUCCUCUCCCAAACCCUGCCCCAAAAUCCUGUGUCCAGCUGAAAAAUUGACACAACCAUUAUAAUGCAAAGUUUAGCAUGGGAAUCCCCCUUUUCCUUGGAAUAUCCACCCCAAAUCCCAUUCCUGCUGGAAUAUCCACCCCAAGUCUCAUGCCCGUGGAAUAUCCACCCCAAAUCCCAUCCCUGUGAGUUUGACAUCCCUGGGGAAUUCGGGAUGGUGGCAGCUGGAAGGAACUUUCUGGGACAUUCUUCCCAUGGGAGCAUCCCAAGAGAGAGGGAACCCAGCCGUCCUUCCCAAAGCAUCUCGGUAUUGUCCCAGCGUGGAUUUUCAUGGAUAAAUAUUCCUUUGAUGUGGAGAAUGGUUCGUUAUCCCUUAUCAAGGGGAGGAGGGGUGGGAGCAGGAAGAGCUGGAAAAGCUGAAAUUCCAUAGAAAAGAUGGAUGAGGGGUUUGGGGGAACCCUCAGUGGGAGGGGUUUGCCCUGAAAUGUCACCAAAACAGGAAAAGGGACAAUUCCUAAAAUUCCUUCUCAAAUUCAGGGCUGGGAGUGUGGCACUGAUUCCCAAAUCAGGGAAAAGGCUCUGAUCCCUCCUGGAGCGCGGGCAGGGCUCGGGGCUGCUCCAUUCUCCAGGCAAUUCCUGGUGUUUCCAGUGUCCCUGAUGGAUCCUGGCUCCCCUUCCCAGGCUGGGCUUCCCAAACCCCGCUGCUCCGCCGGGAACACGCAAUCCUCCAUGCAUUUCGAGGCAGGAUAUUCCAGGUGGGAAUUGUGGGAGCAUCCCGCCCUCACCAGCAGUUCCAGCCGACUGGAAUUCUGGAUUUUAAUUAAAGCAGCGUUCCUGGGCUCAGCUCAACCCCACGGGCCCGGUAAAUUCCGGCUGUUGGUUUUCCAUCAGUGAUUUUAUCCAGGAAAAAGGAGGGAAGGGAUAAAUAUCCGCAUGUUCUUGGCUGAGCUUCCCAUGAACGCCGGGCUGGAUCCCCCUUCCUGGUGGGAUUCACAUCCCAAUGGAGCCACUUCCCUCACUAGAAUUAUCCCUUCCCAGCAGGAUUCAGAUCCCAACAGAUCCAUUGGGAUCAUCCCACCCUUUUAACAGGGCUGUCUCUAAUGGGGAAUUUCACCCCCUCUCCAUAAAAUGAGGCACAAAAAUCCCCCUCAGCCACACAGGGAAAGGGAAUUCCACAAUCCCGGGGCUUUGGGUUAUCCCUCCAUCUCCAAUUCCAUAGGAAACCCCCCAAAAUCAGGGCUGACCACAAAAAACCCCAAAUUUUGUCGGUUUUGGUACUUUCCAAGCGGGAUCUGCAGCUCUGAGUGAGCCCAUCCUGCUGAAUUCCCUCUCUGGUUCAGCCUCAUUUCCAUGGAUGCAUUCCAGCGUUUUGCAUAAAUGUUUGCUUAAUGCCGAGUCCAAAAUAUCCCAGAAAAUAAAAAUCCCCGGGAACUCAAGGCAGCUCCUGGCUCCCGGGACGGAUCCCGCAGUUUCCAUGGCACCCGGGGGGCUCUGGGAUGCUCCCAAAAAAUCAAAGCUCAGGGAGGGUUCAGGACAUCUGGAUGGAAGUUGGAUAGAUGGAAUUCACGUUUUUCAGGAGUGGCCAGUUUCAUUUUUGGGGCAGAUUCUGGCAGAUUUGGGGUUCCUGGAGGGUGGAGAAUUCCAGCUUGUUCCCAGCAGUAAUUAGCGUUAAUUACCCUGGUAAUUACUGAGCUCUGAGCAGGCAGCGAUUGGGAACCAACCCGUGCUGGGUGGGAAUUUUGGGGUGGGAAAGGAGGAAUUCAGUUGGAUUUGGUUUUUUCAGGGCCGAGGAACCUCCUGGACAUUGGAAAUCCAGAGGGAAAGAAGGGAAAAGAGGAGAGAGGGAAUUGCUUCCACAAGGAUGGGCUUAAUUAGAAAUUAAUUAUUCAUUGGAGCAACCGAGGGGUUGCAGGAGGAUUUAAGGAAUCUCGGGGGAUCCACGCUCUAGCCAGGAUUUUUUAGGAAAAAAUUCCUCCCUGAGGGGCUGGGAUGGAAUUCCCAAAGGAAGUGUGGAUGACCGUGGAUCCCUGGGAGUGUCCAAGGCCAGGAUGGACAGGGCACCAAAAAUCUGGGAAAUCCUGGGAUUUGUAGCAAAAGAAUUGGGGAUAAAACACAGGGAAUGAGAGCACCAAUGGUCAGAUCCUCACUGCUUAUUGGGAGUGAGGAGCAGGAGAAGGGAUUGGGGCCAUUCCCAGGGAAUGAGGAGCAGGAGAAGGGAUUGGGGCCACUCUGAGGUCUGUGACACUCCAGCUUCUUCCAGAGCAUUCCCACUAAAGGGAAAAGAAUCCAUUCCAGCUGGAUACAAGCAGCGUGUGCAGCAGCCAGGCAGAACAGAGCUUCCCAAUGAAAUCUAGGAAAGAUCCAACCCCCAGGCUUCCAUUCAGGGAAUGGCCAGGGAAUGAUCCAUGGAUGGGCAGGGAAUGGUCAUUGGUCCCGUGGUCAUUCCAGCCCAUUCCUUGCCUGUUCCAGGCAAGGUCUCCAAUCCCUGUUCCCUCCCCUUUUCCCAGGUUUCCCACCCCACAGCUCAGGCACAUCCCGGUGCCCCAAAUCCUCCCAAACCCUUCCCAAGCCUGGCUGGAAAAGUACCGGCAGCUCCCAAAGGAAACCUCUCCCUGCACUCAGGAGCACCCCCACAUCCCCCCAGGAUUUUGGGAAUGCAAACCCCUCUGGAAUGUGGGGUGCUGGGAAUUGAUCCCUGGCAGGAUUUCUGGAGCCAGGGAGGGAUCACAGCCCUUUUUACCAUUGUUGUCACAGUGAUCCAUUCCCUCAAUUCCCCCUUCCAUCUGGGAAUGUUCCUGCUGAUGCCGGGGGAAAAUCCACCGCCGUUGCCAGGGCAGAAAUGAUUUAUUUGGGCAUAAAACCCGUCAGAAUUCCUUGGAGUCUCCUCCGGGAUGGGCUCAGCUGCAGAGAUUGAUUUGUUUACAGCAGCCACGGAAAGCGGGGGCUGCUCCCAGGAAAACACAUCCCAAACACAGCCGGGGAUUUUCCAGCCUCUCCUGGAUAUCCUGGAGCAGCCGAGGGAAGGGACUGACCCCAUUGCUCAGCCCCCAGAUUAUCAGGGGGACAAAAAUCCCCAAAGUGGUUCAGAUCCUCCAGGUUUGGGAAUCAGCCGGGGCCUCCCGGGUGCUUGGAAUCUUCCAGGGAGAUUCCAGGCUGCUCUUCCAAGGAGAUUCCAGGCCCCAAGCGCUGAUUCCUUUGCCAUUUUUGGGGUUGGGUGAAGGCAGAGCUGAGAUCCCUCCGGCUCCAUCCUGGCGGGAAUGGAGCCCGACUCCAGAGGGACAGAUGGAGCCAAAAUAUAACUGGGAUGUGGGGGUUGAGGAUCACCCUAAAUCCACACAUUCCUUAGGAAAAAUGGGAUUGUCCUGGUUCCAGCUGAUGGAUGGCUGUGCUUGGAAUGGGUUCUAUAAAAACCCAACUGUGAAUUGAACCCAGGAAGGGCUCAGUUGAGGAAAUGGGAUUUUCUUUGUUUGGUUGAUGCAUAGUUGUGUGUGGAAUAAAAACCCAAGUGUGGAUCAUGCUCAGCUCUAGAGGGAUGGAGGGAGCCAAAAUCAAACUGGGAUCUGGGGGUCAAGGAUCACCCUAAAUCCACACAUUCCUUAGGAAAAAUGGGAUUGUCCUUGUUUUGCUGGUGGAUGGCUGUGUUUGGAAGGAGUUCUAUGGAAACCCAGCUGUCCCUCCCAUCCUGGGGACAGGGCUGGGCAGUGUUUCCUUGGAUCAGCCCUUCCCGAAAGCCUGGAAUAUCCUGGAUAGGGACACCAUUCCCUAAAUCCCGAUUAUUCUACCCCCGGGAGAUCCUGCGGCUCCAUCCCGCGCUGGAGCUUGGAUCUGAUGAUCCCAAAGGUGUUUCCCACCGUCAACAAUUCCAUGGUUCUGUGACCCCUUGGCUGCUCCAUGCGGGGAGAGGAAAUCCUGGGAACCAUUCCCGCGGAGAUCAAUGCACGGCUUUUCCUCCUGCUCCAUCCAGCGGCUCGGCCGGGAAAAAAAGCUGGGAAAAACGGCGGCACCCAGCGGCAGCAUCCCUAAAUCCUAAAUUCCGGCUGGGAAUGCCGGAAAAACUCCUGCUCCCGGUGGAGUCAAACCGCUCUUCCCAAACUUUGGAACGCAAUGGAAUUCCCAAGCUUUGGGGACGGAUCUGGCACAUCCAGGCCAUCCUAAUUAUUUCCUAAAGCUUCCAGAGCACGAGGGAUGCUCUAGAAGGAAAAGCCAUGGAUUUCCUUCCCUCUUGGUGGAGCUUUGCCUCAGGCACAGAGCUCGGGGCUCUCCCAGGGAUGUGGGACCUGGAGCCAGGUGAGGGUCACAGGGAAUGUGGGAAUGAACCUGGAGAGUGACAGGGAAUGUGGGAACACACCUUGGAGAGUGACACGGAAUGUGGGAAUUACACCCGGAGAGUCCAGGAAAUGUGGGAACACACCUGGAAGGGCAAAGGGAAUAUCGGGACCCACCUGGAAG